ACACAGAUUGUAGUUCAGUUCCUAGUUUUUCAGAUUUCAGUUUUUUGUUUUCAGUUUUAAUUUUGGUUAUUUUAAUUUUCCAUGCUAUCUUAUGGAUAAUUUGGUAACACCACCAUAUGGCACGGAGGUGUUGAUUGGCAAUUGGGUGGAUCGGCGCUAUGCGUUCGAUCAGAAUGGCAAGGGCAUACUGCCGGGUAUGUGUGGUGACGACACUUGUGAGAGGCAUCUCUCGCUCGCCCAGGACACGUAUACGGAUGCAGCAUUCAAGGCUGCAGUGGCAUUGCCCAAUUUUUCGGAUCACCGCAAUUCAUUUAUGCGCAACUAUUUUACGGGCACCACAUCCAGUGUCGCCUUUUUGAACGAUGCUGCGCUUAAGAGAAAUUUCACGACGACAAACACCUUACUGUACGACCUGUUGCCUCGGCUGGACAGGGAGGCGCACGCCGAGAGCAACGCAGCGCCAUCUGGCAUACCCGAGCAUAGACAGGAGUUGGACAUGCUGCGGAGCUAUGGUAAUAUGACCAAGACGUUCAGCAUUGCGGAGCUUUCCAAACCAAGAAAACCCCUUGGGGAAAAACUUCGAUUGCGAACCACAUACGAUCUUGCCUUUAAUAAGCUCCCAAGGACUAAAAUGGAUUUCCGCUAAAAGGGAAAAGCAACCAAACUGAAGUUAACAAUAAAGCUGAGCUAGGAACGCAACAAGCCAGCUGUGAGGCUAGCUAUGCCUAUGCUUAUGCUUCGCUUCUAGCGCCCCAGCUGUCUCGUUGAGUUCAAAGUUCAUAUAAAAUGGG